CACUCACGGGAACUCUGUACUUUGCACUUUAGUUAGAGUCACAUUUAAAUUUACAUGGCUAAACUUUUCUUAAGAAACUGAGUUUCCUUUGAUCCUCUCUCUUCUGAAUUGCAGCAAUCAAAUCAAACUACUUGGUAAAAUGAGUUCUUGUCACGUUGCUGAAGCACCUAUAAAAAAGAUUGCUAUCUUUGGAGGAACUCACGGGAAUGAGCUGACAGGAGUGUUUCUAGUGAAGCACUGGCUGCAGAAUGGCGCUGAGAUCCAAAGAACAGGACUGGAGGUUCGGCCAUUUAUCACCAACCCAAGAGCAGUGGAGAAGUGUACCCGAUACAUUGACUGUGACCUGAACCGAAUUUUUGACCUUGAAAAUCUUAGCAAAGAGGUGUCAGAAGAUUUGCCAUAUGAAGUGAGAAGGGCUCAAGAAAUAAAUCGUCUGUUUGGCCCAAAAGACAGUGAGGACUCCUAUGACAUCAUUUUUGACCUUCACAAUACUACUUCUAACAUGGGGUGCACCUUGAUUCUUGAAGAUUCCAGGAAUGACUUUUUAAUACAAAUGUUUCAUUAUAUUAAGACUUCUUUGGCUCCCUUACCCUGCUACGUUUAUCUUAUUGAGCAUCCUUCUCUCAAAUACGCAACCACUCGUUCCAUAGCCAAGUAUCCUGUGGGAAUAGAAGUUGGCCCUCAGCCUCAAGGAGUUCUGAGAGCUGAUAUUUUGGAUCAAAUGAGAAAAAUUAUUAAACAUGCUCUUGAUUUUGUACAUCAUUUCAAUAAAGGAAAAGAAUUUCCUCCUUGUGCUAUUGAAGUCUACAAGAUCAUGGAGAAAGUUGAUUAUCCCAGGAAUAAAAGUGGAGAAAUUGCUGCUGUCAUCCAUCCUAACCUACAGGAUCAAGAUUGGAAACCACUGCACCCUGGGGACCCGGUGUUUUUGACUCUUGAUGGAAGGCUUAUUCCACUGGGCGGAGACUGUACGGUGUACCCAGUGUUUGUAAAUGAGGCUGCCUAUUAUGAAAAGAAGGAAGCCUUCGCCAAGACGACCACACUAACGCUGAAUGCAAAGAGCAUUCGCUCCUCUUCACGCUAGACAGCCCUUGUAACUUGCUUAUUAAGCUCUAUCUUCAAAACAUCUACUAGUUUGAAAGAAGAGAGCAGGAUUGUGCCUUACUCAGCUUCAUCAUAGCUCCUUGCCUGGCGCCUGGCAUAGUAGGCAUCCAGCAAAAUUCUCAAGUGGAAGGAUGCAUUAAGGAAUAUCUUUUAAAGGUAUUGUAUUUUAUGUAGGUAGCUUACUCAAAGAAAUGCUUUUCCUAUUUCUGUAUCACUUUUUAUACCUUAUACUUGGAUAAUUUGACAUUCUUAAUAAAUAGUUUAUAACUUCAAAAUGUAAAA